AUGGAGUCCUCUCUGUGGCUGCUUCUUUCUCUCGGUGUCUCCGUCCUUUCUCUUCUUCUUCUUUCUAGAGCCGCAAAGAGGUCAUCGAAGUCCGCCGGUCACCAGCUUCCACCUGGGCCGACUCCACUUCCAGUUGUCGGCAACCUGUUCGAGCUCGGUGACAAACCCCACCGUUCCCUCGCCCGCCUCGCCAAGCUCUAUUCCCCAGUCAUGACCCUCCGCCUCGGUCAAGUGACCACCGUGUUCGUCUCCUCCCCGGAAAUGGCAGGAGAAAUCCUGCAGAAGAACGAUGCAGUGCUCUCCAGUCGCUGGAUCCCAGAAGCUGUUCGCGUGUUGGCCCACAGCGAGGCCUCCAUGGUGUGGCUUCCGCCGUGCCAACGAUGGCGGAACCUACGUAGAAUCUGUAAAACCCAGCUCUUUACUGCACAAAGACUCGACAGCUACCAGUCCCUUCGGCGCGAAAAGGUACAGGAACUGAUGCAGUACAUCUCUGACAGCACGUCCAAGGGCUUGCUGGUUCACGUCGGGCGCGUGGCGUUCAGCACCACGCUGAAUUUAAUUUCUCGCACCGUCUUCUCCGUGGAUCUCGUCGAUCUCUACGCUGAGUCCGCGCAAGAAUUCAAGCAAGUGGUGGAGGGGAUCACGGAGGAAGCUGGGCGGGCGAACCUGUCCGAUUACUUCCCACUGCUCGCAAAGCUCGACCCGCAGGGCAUUCGUCGCCGUUCCACCAAAUACUUCAAGAGGCUGCAUGACAUCUUCGAUGAGAACCCCAUAUAUCAUUAG